CAAAAGAAACGCUGUCAAACUUGUUAAAAUUGUUUGUUUUGUAUCGAUCGUUGAUAUUGCGGCUGCGGAACAUCUUUCUUUUUUGAAUUGCUUCGUGUCGUUUUAACUGUGAGAUAGUAGAAAUAAGUGUAGUGAUUAGUUUUCUCCACAAAUUCAAUAACUAAGAAGAAUAUUAAGAAAGAUGAGCAGCGACGAAGAAUAUGAUAAUUUGCCAAACAUAACUUUAUUCGAACCAUCACCGAGUUGCAGUAAGGAUUAUGAUGAUAAUACAAAGUUCAUAAUACCACCAGUAGAGGAGCUAGUGGUAGAGCGAGAAAAGAUGCGGAUGCUUAAAUUGGAGCUGCAGACUAUAGACACCACAGAGCUCGAGCCUCGCUGCGACUUGGACGCCGAGCUGCAGGAAGCUGGUCUAAUUGAGGUACAAGGGUCCUUGUGGCCAGCUCAGCGCCCCAUCCCAACAGCUCGCGAGUUGUGGAGCACGAUGGGACCGUACCUGGUGCAACGCGGUGUCAGCUUGGACAGGUUACCUGAUCGGCUCCCAAAACUCACCGUCGCUCUAACAACUGAUACUGGCGACCGCAUCAUUCCGCCAGCCGACUUCGGGUGGUCCGACAGUGAAAUGCUGGGCGCCUGCGUAAUUGCAUUAGUUGCUACCAUGGCCAGAGAAUCGCAUGUAAAACGAGUUGCUGCACGAACAUUGCAGACGCUCCUAGACUACCACGCGAGUCUGGCACAGGUGAAGGAUUUAUUGGAUGUGAUAGUGUCAUCAUUCCCGGAUGCACGGAUGCGGCGAGAUAUUAGCGACAUGGUGAUCAACGGCUCGCGACUCGGCGCCGACCGCUUGGCGAGCUGUCUGUGCUACACCGCCUUGCUAACUAUAAUUCAUAACGCGUGCCCUGACGCUGGUAUUGCAAUCAAUAAGUAUAAGAAAAUUGGCGAAUGUAGUACUGCCCCGACUAGUGAAAUAACUGACGCUGUUAAAAAUGAAAUUGAAGAAAGUGGCAGUGCCAUUAAAAUUGGUGUGAUCAAGUAUUGCGGCAAGAACGAAACUUGUGAACCUAAGGAUAUACCCAACGACGCCAGUGUGGACACGGAUAAGCUGGAGGACGUAGUAGUGACCAUAGAAGACCUCGUACAGGGCAACGCCUAUGCCCUGCAACGCGUUGCUGAGGCGAUUCCGUACUGGCGGCACUGCACAGACGCCGAGCGCUAUGAGGUUAUCAAGUUGGCAGGCCGUAUAAUGGCCGACUCCAUGUCUCCGGACGCAACGGAAGAAACAGUAAAGGCCCGGAAAUUACUGCUCAAGAAUCUCAAAGAUACUAAAACACAGAAUUCUAGUCCUUAUCACCAAUAUAAGGAACGCACAGAAAUCGGGAAGCUGGAAAUGUUAUUUUCUCAUAAAUAUUGAAGAGACACAAAAACGCAUUGGAUUUUUUUAUAUUUAAAGAAAAAAAAACCGCAUGUGAUAUUCCGAACUAAAACUUCAACUCGCUCCAUUUUGUCAUUCCAUUUUCUUCUUCGAUGUUGAUUAUUAUUACGUACAUCUCAAGGUUUUUUUUGCCGGGCCUACUUAUCGAACUUAUUAUCGAGUAUUUGAAACUGAAUCGUUAACAUUUAAUAUGGAAACCUAGUCAUUUUUUUACUCAUCUAGUCAUGUUUUGAAAUAAUGCAAAUAACUCCAUGUAAAUAAUCAGCUUUAAUUUAUUGCUUAUCUAAAUGUGUAGAUUUCUUAUAAUAAAAUGUAUAAUCGCAAUUGGCAUCCCAACCCUUUAAUUAACAAAAGAGCGUCAACAUAUGCAGGCAAUCUUUACAAGUGAAUUAGGUGUCAAUGUGUAAGUUAGUGACUGACAAUAUAACCGUACUAUACCAUAAUGUAAUGUAAUGGAAUGUAAUGUAGGUUUUAAAUGUAAUCUAGGCAGUCGGCAUUUAGACGGAGAUAGUAGCAUAGAUAGGUUAGUACCUACCCAAGUAUGUAUGUAGGUAGGUACUAAGGUAAGUCUCAAAUCAACAAGUCUGAUUGUGUAAGGUUAUCCCGUCAACUGCCGACAUAUUCAUAAUUUUUUAAGUGUAUUUGAUACGAAAAUGAUAAUGUCGUUUAACUAUUUAAUAAUAUAAUGACUUUGUGAUGUAUUUUCAAACCUUUUUGUGAUCGAUCCGAGAUCAAAUAUUUGUAUGUACCUAGACAUUUUUCUAUCUUGUUAUCUUUAAGAUUUUUGGAAUUGUAUUUUAUAGUAAAUUGUAGCUGGCUGUGUAGGUAUGUCGGAACUAGACACUAUAUUUUGAGAUUCGUCUUGUUCUGAAUUUAUUUAACUACCUUUAGUGUGGAUGGGGAAUAGAGAAAAAGAAAGAUAGAAAUGGAAAAGAGAGAAGAAAGAGUUGGAGAAAGAGAUUGUUGUUAUGUGUCUGGUAGGAGCGAGUGAAAAAUAAGUCAUUGUGCCGUAUCCAAAAAUAGCUUGUGAUAAGGGUAGUAGGGUAGGAAGAAGUCUCCUACCAAUUUAUUUAUUUAUUAUAUACCUAAGUAUUAGAAUUCGACUAUAACAACAGUAGUCAGUACACGUAUUAUUGUAAAAGUACCUAUAUGCUCAAAAGAUUGAUUUAACAUUUUGAUAUUUUGAGAACAUUUAAUUAUCUGUUUUUAUGUAUUUGAUACAAAGAUGUUGUUAUUAUUUAAUUAUUUACUCUUUAUGUGCCCCAUAAAUGUUGUGAUGAUUUUUAACGACCUAAUGAUCUAAGAUCAAACAUUAGUUUAUAAGAUUAAUGUAAGUUGUACUCUUAACAUUUUUGUAGUCAUAUUUAAUCAAUAAAUAAUC